GAGUUGUUCGAGGGGGCCCUCAGCUUCCUCGAGGACUCAGCGGUGUCCGGGCUUACUCGGGCUCGGUGCCGCUGCCGCGCCCUGCGAUUCCUGGAAUGGCUGGGCUGGCACGACCUGAAUUUCACCACCGCCAGCCAGCUGGGCAGCAUCAUCGUGCGCUCCCUGACGGACUUGGCCCUGGGCGGUUUCGACGCGGCGACGGGGGGGAUGGCGGUCGCGGCGCUGCGCCACUUCCUGCCGCGCAUCCUCGUCGGGAAGCGGCCGCUCCCGCGGACGGCGCGAGCCCUCGAUGGGUGGCGCCGCCUGGUGCCGCCGCAGAUGCGCUUGCCUCUUCCUCGCUCGGCCGCGAUGGCGGUCGCAGGCUGGCUCAUCUGGAAGAACCUGCCCAGCAUGGCGGUCUUCGUGGCGCUGGUUUUCCCCGCGUACCUCAGGCCGUCGGAGGCCUACAGGCUGCGCGUGGGCUCGCUGGUGCCGCCGACCCCAGGGUCGGGCUUCAACGCGUGGGGCAUCAUCGCGAACGACGCGAAGUCUGGCCGCCCUGGCAAGGCGGGGGUGAUGGGCGAGUCGGUGCUGGUCGACGCCCCCGAGCUCUGGCCCGUGCUGCACGCGCUGGCGCUCAACGCGGCCGCGGACGUCAGCCUCUGGAACUUCAGGCCCGCCGACGUGCGCGCGAUGUCCCGCCAGGCCUUGCGCGAGCUGGGGCUGCAGAAGGAGUCUCCGUCCUUGUGCACCCUCCGUCACGGGGGGGCCUCGCGCGACUUGCUCUCGGGUGUUCGUGCGAUAGCGGAGGUCAAGGAGAGGGGGGGAUGGACAUCAGACAAAUCGUUGAGGAGGUACGGCAAGAGGACUCGCAUGCAGCAGCGGAUCAGGGACCUCCCGCCUCAGAUUGCCGAGUUCGGCGAGCAGGUGUUCGCGAGGCUCGCGGAGCUGAUCGAAAUCAUGUUCGUGAAGGGCAGCUCCCCGCUGCCAGUGCCGCUCCAGCCGGCGCCCGUCCUGCCGCGGGUCGUGAAGCGG